AUGGGGACGAAGGGUAUUAAUACGACGAAGGCUUCUGCCGAUAAUCCGAAUCGUAAACUUCCAAAGCGGCAAAAGGCGGCCAAUAUGCGUGAUAAGAGCACAAUCAAGCGUCUCAACAUGUAUCGUAACAGUGGCCCCAUCCGCAACAAGGCUGGCAAAGUCGUAGGUGGUAGCCUUAUGAUGAAGAAUAAAGUGGGUGGACAGGAGAUUACUAGUGCAAGUGGACGGGUACAACCAGACCGUCGAUGGUUUGGUAAUACGCGUGUGGUGGGGCAGAAGGAGCUGGACAAGUUUCGCAAUGAAAUGUCCCUCAAAGCUGCUGACCCGUAUUCAGUCGUGCUACGUACGCGUAAGCUACCAAUGGGCCUACUACAGGAAAGUGAAAAGACAUCACGCAUGAAACUACUGGAGACUGAGAGCUACGACGAGGUGUUUAACGGUAAACGCAGUCGCAAGCGCGCCAAAUUUGCCGCCACGGAUUACGCGUCUCUGCUCUCUCGAGCAAAUGAGAAUGCAGAAAAGUACGAAGCAAAAGGGUCCGAUCGCAAUAUUGUGGUGGAGCAGGAUUUCAAGGAGGAAGUAUCCCACGACGUGUUUAACAAAGGUCAGUCCAAGAGAAUCUGGGGUGAGCUUUACAAGGUGCUGGACUGCUCAGAUGUUGUGAUCCAGGUGCUAGACGCACGCAAUGUGCCUGGCACACGCUGCGAGCACGUGGAGAAACAUAUUCGAAAGAAUGCGUCGCAUAAGCACUUGAUCUUUGUCAUCAACAAAUGCGACUUGGUGCCCAACUGGGUUACCAAGCGCUGGGUGCAAAAACUAAGCGAGACAACGCCUACGCUGGCUUUUCACGCGUCAAUGAGCAACCCGUUUGGCAAAGGCGCGCUGAUUAAUCUGCUGCGUCAGUUUGCAAAGCUGCACCAGGAUAAGAAGCAGAUUUCGGUCGGGCUGAUAGGCUACCCUAACGUGGGAAAGAGUUCUGUCAUUAAUGCACUGCGUAAAAAGAAGGUGUGCAAAGUAGCUCCGAUCCCGGGUGAAACUAAGGUGUGGCAGUACAUUACUCUCAUGCGUCGUAUUUUUCUUAUUGAUUGUCCGGGUAUCGUGUACGACACGGGCGACGAUGAAAUCGAGACGGUGCUCAAGGGUGUCGUUCGCGCUGAGCGCUUACCUCAACCAACGGACUUUAUUCUGACCAUCCUGCAGCGUGUCAAGAAGGAGUUUAUCGUAAAGGUAUACGGCAUUGAGGAGUGGAAUGACGAGUGGGACUUUUUGGAGAAACUUGCAAACAAGUGUGGCAAGUUGCUGCAGAAAGGUGAACCCGAUUACAACAAUGUCGCUGUGCAUAUGAUCAAUGAUUACCAACGCGGUAAGCUGCCGUGGUUCAUUGCCCCGCCCAUGCGUGCAGAGGAACUCGCUGCUCUUGAGCAAAAGGGCGACAACGCUCCUCUCAACGAGGCAGAGGCUGGCGAGGACGAGCUUGUGGAGCUAGACGAUGGCAAGGAACUAAAGGAAGAGAAGAGCGAGGAGAUGGAGGAAGACAAAAAUGAGGAACAGGCUGAGAAAGUUAGCGACAAACAAGAGGAGGUCAAGCAGUAA